CGGACAUUGACCGGGCAUUACGCCAUCAUGCAGCUGUCCGAGGUGAGCGAGCUACGCGGCCUCAUCAGCCUCCUGCGCUUGAACGCAUGCAACAGCCCGCGCUUCCACGACCGGCAAGACUCGGAGGUCGAUCGCAUCUUCAACUCGUCGCCCAAGGUCGCUUCCUUUGAGAUGCGCUCGUCAUGGAUGGAGCGGCAGUCGAUCCAAGCCGCGCUGCCGACGCCGACCUCGACCAACGGCGCCGCGCCGCAGUCAUCGCCGCCGCCACACCCGCCCAAGCUCAAGCCUACGGUCUCCGAGAAGCGCCCGGCGAACGGCGGCAACAACCCGCCAGGGAAGCCGCGCGUCGUGGUCUUUGACAAGAAGAAGAGCAAGCGGGGCGACUCGGACGACGACAGCGACGAGGAGUCGUUUAUGUUUGAGCGCGAGCCCGUCGAGUCGCUUCCAUCGGCGGCGACGACGGCGCUGGACGCCGCCCUCAAGGGUAGCUCGGGUAUGCCAAUGGGCCUCGCCGGCACCAAGGCUGCAAUCGACUCGCCCGUGCUCUACCUCAAGAUCUACCUUCCGAACCGCCAAGAGAUGAACCUUGAGCUCUAUGAAAUCUCGACCGUCGAAGAGUCGAUCCAGGCCAUUUUGAGCUCGCACCGCAAGGAGGCGCGGCAGCCGCCGCUCUACUACGGCCACCCCGAGUGCUACGACCUGCGCUUGCACGACAUGGACGGGUACCCGGACGAAGACUGCCCGGCGCUCGACCGAUCCCGCAAGAUCAAAAACUUUGGCGACAAUGGCGACCACGAGUUUUGCCUCUGCGAACGCCCCGACGCGUGUCCGCCCAACGAGCACAGCCCCGAUACGUACCGGCAAGGCUCGACGAGCGGUCUCCAAAUCAGCUCGCAAGACAACUCGCUCUCGAUCCACCGGCGGUUUGGCGGCGCGAGCGACAAGGCGAUUCUCAAAAUCUUCAUGCCCAACGACAAUUACACGGUCGUCGCACUCAAAGACGGCAUGUGCGGGAAGGACUUGCUGCCUGUGCUUGCGAGGCGCCACCGCCUUCCCGUCCUCGACGAGUACGUCCUCAAAGUCAACGACGCCGAGAAGGUCCGGCUCGACCUUGUCUCGGACGAAAUCGACCUCGACCGACCGCUCAAGCCGCUCGGGCUCCAAGAGGUCACGCUCGCGCGCAAGGUGUACGCCGACGCCCCAAAAGUCUCUGCGCACGUCGCCCCGACGUCGGACGCCACCGAGGUCGAUGAGAACCCCGCGGAAGCGCUCAAGAACGUGCGCCCGGACCCGUCGACGUUCAUGUACAACGACGUCAAGGCCGCCAUGUACAAGGAGUGGAAGGUGAUGAAAACCAACAAGUUUCGCAAGCGCCAGCACCGCAUGUUUGGCGUCGACUUGCACAAAGUGUACAACAAAAAGGUCGGCGAGCGCGCAAUGAUCUCGCGCACCAACAUCAAAGUGUCGGAGCGUCCGAUCUCGAGCAUCACGUGGCUGCGCUUCCUCACCGACCCGUGCGACUUUCAGAUCCACUUCAGCCAGCCCGAAGAGGAGACGAUCGACUACUCGGCCGAGUCGGCGUACGAGUGCGCCGAAAUCGUCGCCAAGCUCAUGUACAUCCGCGACAUCAACAAGCGCAAGUAAUCGCGCUCGUUAACCAAAUAGUGUUGUCCCAUUGAUCUGAAGACAAGGAGUCUGC